AUGGAGACUAAUUUGACUACUAUGAUAGAGAGGAUCAUGACCCAAAAUGGUCUGAACACCGGACUUCGAAGGCCAAAUUAUACAUCCCCUUUAUUAUAUUAUGUUUUACAAACUGAAUUACCCAGGGGUUGCAAGAUCCCUAAGUUUACCAAAUUUUCAGGGGAUACUAGUGAAUCUACCACAGAGCAUAUAGCCAGGUAUAUGACAGAGGCUGGAGAUUCGGCGAACAAUGAGGAACUGAGGAUGAAGUAUUUCCCCAGUUCUCUAACUAAGAACGCUUUCACAUGGUUCAUAACACUACCACCAAAUUCUAUAGAUACUUGGCCUCAGUUAGAGAGGUUAUUCCAUGAGCAAUUCUAUAUGGUUCAAACCAAGAUAAGUCUCAAAGAAUUGGCCGGUAUUAAAAAGAAUUUUAUUGAACCUAUAGAUGAUUAUCUGAACAGGUUCUGUUUGUUAAAAGCUAGAUGCUUUACAAUGGUGCCUGAACACGAAUUAGUCGAAAUGGCCGCUGGAGGUUUAGAUUACUCUAUCAGGAAGAAAUUGGACACUCAAUAUCUGCGAGAUAUGGCCCAAUUGGCUGAUAGGGUUCGCCAAGUCAAAAGAUUAAAAGAUGAGAAGGCUACGGUAAAUAAAAGCUAUAAAAAGGAAAGGGUUGCCUACGUCGAAGUAGACGAAGGAGAACCGGAGAUCUCCGAGAACCAAUAUGGUUUCGAAGACUGCGAAGUAGAUCUAGCCGAUUUAAAGGAAGCAGGCCCCUAUACCUGCAAGAUGAUCACACCAUCGAACGGAAAAAAUCUCGUUGAAAUUGAAAAGAAUGAUAAGUUUCCUAAGAAAACAUACACAUUCGACAUAACUAAAUAUGAUGAAAUAUUUGAUUUGCUUGUGAAAUAUGGCCAAAUGGUUUUGCCUCCUAACAUUAAAAUUCCUCCGGAUCUUAUUCAGAAUGCGAUCAAGGAAGGACGUCUGAAGUUUGCAGACAAAGGAAGAAAUCAAAUGAAGAUAGAUGCCAAUCCCCUUAAUAUUGCUGACACAAAUUACACUGAGCCUGUCGAAAUAUACAUGGUUGACAUGGUCGAAGUUGGAACAAGAGGGACCCCAGGAGAUGAAGAAGAUGCCCAAGUUGGAAAAUAG